AGGCGCUUUUGUCGUGAACGUGGCGAGGCACGCGCUGCGUCAGUAUUCCGCGAGCUUCCAUCGCGUUCUGUUGCAGUUAAUCGUUGAAGAAGGGAGGUACCUAUCCUAUUCGAUAGUGAACUGCGGAGAACGAGAAAAAGUGCUAUUCUUCUAAACAAGAAACUCCUAAUUUAAGAAUGGCGGACGACAGUCACGAGAACGGUACGAGCAACGGUGACGUACCUGAGAUCGAGCUGAUUAUCAAGGCUUCGACGAUCGACGGUCGCCGAAAGGGUGCAUGCCUCUUCUGUCAAGAGUACUUUAUGGACUUGUACCUUCUUGCUGAAUUGAAAACAAUUUCUCUAAAAGUGACCACGGUCGACAUGCAAAAACCGCCGCCUGAUUUCCGCACCAACUUUCAGGCAACACCUCCGCCAAUCUUAAUCGAUAAUGGCGAUGCGAUAUUAGAAAACGAGAAAAUCGAACGACAUAUCAUGAAAAACAUUCCCGGUGGACAUAAUCUGUUCGUGCAGGAUAAAGAAGUGGCUACCCUUGUUGAGAACUUGUUCAGUAAAUUGAAACUGUUAUUGUUGAACGCAAAGGAUAAGGACAAAGAUCCAAAAUCCUCGUCCCUGAUGGCACACUUACGUAAAAUCGACGAACAUCUAGGUCGUAAGGGUACCCGUUUCCUCACGGGCGAUACAAUGUGCUGUUUCGAUUGUGAGCUUAUGCCACGACUUCAACACAUCAGGGUGGCCGGCAAAUAUUUUGCGGAUUUUGAGAUUCCUGAAACUUUGGUGCAUCUCUGGCGAUAUAUGCACCACAUGUACAGGCUGGAUGCCUUUUUACAAAGUUGUCCGGCCGAUCAGGAUAUUAUUAAUCACUAUAAGUUACAGCAGAGCAUGAAAAUGAAAAAGCACGAAGAAUUAGAGACUCCGACAUUCACAACCAGUAUCCCAAUCGAGGUCAACGACGACUAGGCUGGACCUCUGCCGUCGGGUCUACGAUCUCGUUACUUUGACGUAGAAAAGUCCUCGACAUCGGUGUAGAAAUAAGCAGUGUGAACGAUGUGGCACACAAAAUACAUUUUUUACAAAAGUUGCAGUUCUUCCGAGGAAUGAUUCUGCUGAGGAAGAGUUCACUAUUUAUCAGAAGUACUCUUAAAAAAGGUUCUAUCAUCUGGAUUUGAUUGUGCCGAUUCGGCUACACCGAUUUAUAUAAAUUUUUGCUACGUAUAUUUGACAAAUUAUCGUCGACUCUUUUAUGGCCUAAACUGAUGCAGAACAAGUAGCUUUUUUACCGCAGAAAACAGUAGAAGAUACAUAUAUGAGUGUAUUAAGGCUUUCGAGAAACGAUGUGUAAGCGUAUCCAGAAAAUUUAAACAAUUUUUUCCUUUCCUUUCUUUCCAUUUUCUUUAUCUUUUUUCUCUGGUACGUAUGUAUUUCAUACGUAAUAUUGAUAUGAAUAGCAUUAUUUUUAGAAAAAGUAUUUUAAUGUUUUACAUAUACUUUAGAUCAAAGCUAACGUAUUUUUUUUUUCUUUUUAAAGAUAAUUUCAAUAUUUCAAUAUUUUUGAUGGCGCGUAAUGUUAACAAAAGUAGAAAAUACGAGAGAGACGUAUGCAUUUGAAUUAUGAUUAAUAUUUGUUGUUUAAAUUAAUAUAUUUCGUAUAUAUUUCUUUAUCAUUUUUCUCUUGUUUUCUGGAAAGUACAUUGUAUUUAUCAUAUAUUUAACGACUAAUCAAUAAACUGAGUUAGUGAUGGUUAUUCUUUAACAGACGUUUACAUUGUUCAUUAUAUUCCUUCAGCAUAUCAACUUCAAUUUGAAUGUAAGAAAAGUUCUAGUCUCAUGUAAUUCACGUAAUGAUAAACUUCCUAUUCUUUCGUAUAUUCAAAAUAUUUUUUAUAUAAUCAUAUUUGAAUAAAUUAUAGUGCAUACGUUUCUUCCAAUUUCUACGCUACAGUCAGUCGAAAAAUCUAAAAAUAUAAUCUAAAAGAAUUUGUGAUAUGAUCAUUACAAAUUUCUUUGCAGAUAUUAAUCUCAUAAUGAUAAAAAAUAUCAUUAUUUGAAAACAGCCAGUGCUUACUUUUCAUUCAAUAUUAUUCAGAAAUCUAACAAAUUCGGUAUUUUAUAUUAGUUAUUGUACUAUUAUUACUAUUAUAUUGUAAAUCGUUAUUAUAACUAUUAUAUAUAUUGUACUAUUUUGGUUUAUACUUGUAGAAACGAAUAUAUCAAUAUUUACAUUGA